AUGCCCACGAUACUAGUGUACGGGAAGAUCAACAUGGACGUCGUCGGCGACGAUCUCCGGCCCCGCGACUCACGCACCUGCAACAGCACGCACGCGUCUGCGCACCGCCGGGCCCGCCGAGCACCCUAUCAUAGCCACAGCACACGAGCCGCGGACGCCUCGCGCGCGCCCCGCUCCGUCGACCCCACCGCCGACGGCUCCGUCGUCCCGCAGACGCCCUCGCGCCGCUCAAGCCUCCUCAGUCCUGUCCACCCCCCGCCUCCCGACGACGGCGGCCUCCGCUCGCGCUGGUCCGCCUCGACACAAACCCAGCAACCGACCUCUCCUGCCCCUUCUGGUGACGGCGAGGGAUCUGGGGCUGCCCCGCGCCAGCGCGAGCGCAGCGACGCGAAACGCCCCAGCUCGCGGCGGUACGGCCGCAUCUUCGAGCGCACGCCCCCGGGGCUGCUGUUCCAGCCUCCGCCGUCCCCGCGGUUUUCCCCGCUGCCGACACCGCCGUCCCGUCCCCAGCGCAACCCGUUCCUGCGCGAGCUUGCGCCGAGCUCGGCGGGGCGGGCGGGUCCGUCCAGUCCGUGGAAGGGGAAGGGCCGCCAGGUGUAUGUCGAGGGAUUCGAAAGAUCCUUCGCAAAAGUCGAUAAGAGCGAGGAGCUCCCGACACCCCCCGACUCUCCGAGGGAUCUGUCGGCCCGGGUCGACGACUGUAUCGCAGCGACGGCCUUUCUGUGCGACGUAUUCACCCCGUGCGACGUAGGGAUCGCCAGCGUCGUAGCGACGUCCUGCGUCUCUCUCAACAGCUCCCUGCACGCGAUCAAAACCAUCCUCCGAGACACGGCGCGGCACGAGUCCUCGCUGCCCGCCGGCGGUGGGACAAGCGAGUCCUACCACUCGUGGUCGGCGCGGCACGCCGAGAUCCUCUCGUCACUCGAAAGGAAUCUUGGAAACUACUAUAACCUCGCGGCGCACUACGCAGAGCACCCGCCGCGCGUGACUAGACUCGACGGUUUUACGACCAUGCUGGAGGAGUGCGCGCGCAAGUUCACGGAUAUCGCGGGGAAGCUAGACAUGUCGCUCGCGAAGCUCCGCCGCGUCCUGCUCCGCGCGCGAUACAGGCGCGAGCAUCGGCGCGCGGUGGAGUGUCUCGCGGACGAGCGCCGCCGCCGAUCGGUGUUCAACCAGGCGUUCGCGGUAUACACAGAGCGCCUGCGCGAGCUAAAGCGGCAGCUGAGGGAUGUGACUGCGGGAGUACAGAAUACGCCGCGGCGGGGGUGA